CCAUUGACCAAGGACGCUCUCCUCCCACAGAUCCAGCACGAUGUCAGAUCCAAACCGGUCGACACCACCAUGCCCAUGCCCAYGCCCACGCCCACUCCCAGCGUUUCCAGGAAUGCGUGCCUGGGCGUUGGCGUGCGUGUCGGUGGUUCUGUUUUCUUCCCCGUUUUGUCGUCCGAUCGACGCAGCCCAGGCUCGGCGCCGCGUGACCUUUCGAAGGGACGGGGUUGCCUACGAUCGAGAAAUYACGACCUUUACCGAAGACGGCCGAUUGGCACAGGUUGAGUACGGCCUGGAGGCAUCUCUCCGUGGAUCGACGGUGGGUGCCAUGCGGGUGGGGAUCCCCGCAGCGGCAACUGUUACCACGGACCAGACCGGCGAUGGCAACGGAGACGACGGAGACGACGACGACAACGGCGAACCCGAUGGAAGCGCAUCGUCUCCACCAAAGAAAACACAGCAAUCGGCGCCGUCCUCCUCCUGCAUCGUGGUCUGCAUCGAGCACUCKUCCUUUGGCAAGAUGCACCGCAUCGACGACCACAUCUGGAUGCUGACCGCGGGCCUCUCCGGAGACGCCCGCAUGCUGGCCGGGAUGGCGAGGCGCUCCUGCCAGAACCACCGGCUCCGGUACGGAGAAGCCCCCACCGUCGGGCAGGCCGCCCGCAUCACGGCCGAAUUCCACCACCGGCUGACGCGGACGGGCGGCUGCCGCCCGAUGGGAUGCACGGCGAUCCUGCUGGGCGUGGACCGGCACGGCGGCAGCGGAGGAUCGCACACCGCGCGGCUCUUUCGGACCGAUCCCGGGGGUGGCUUCGAGGAAUGCCGGUGCUGCGCGGCAGGGAAGUCGCGGGACGCCGUGGCCAAGGAGCUGGCGGCCCUGGUGGACGCCCCGGGCUACGGCCAGGACAACGACAACGACAACGGCGGGAGCAGCCCCAAACGCCAAAGCGGCGGGGACAGGGAGGCGCUUUCGAGCGAAAGCCGGGGCGGUGCCAUAGCCCGCACGGCCGCCGCAAUGGCGGGGCGCGUCCUGCGUCUCUUGGAUCCCGGCUCGCAUUCCAAGAGGGGGGGAAAAGCACCACCGGCAUCCGCGGCAGYGACGGUAGACGUCUGGACGAUCGAACCCAGAGACGGGUGCCGGGGCGGAAUGCUGGCAACGUGCUACAGCGAUGUUCGAAAGGACAACGCCGAACGAAUCGUCUCGGUACAGGAUGCAUUGGCAUGACAAUGCCUGAGCAAAAAAAACUAUGAAAACAAUUUUGGUUUUUCUCACACACCUCCUCAUCCCAGCCGUAUCGAAAAAAGCGGCGUCCGCAAUGCGUGCCAUGGGCAAUUGGCAAAUUCUUUCACCAAUCCAAGCAUCUUCUUACGUACCGUACUGUAGUGUUUCGUUCGAAGAUCACACAAGGCGCAAAACGCAAAAAGGAAAUUGCAACCAUAAU